AUGGUCGUAGUGGUCGCUCACUUGCUUGCAGGUGAGACUACUCCUAGCGUCCAUUUGCUGGCACCUAACUGUCACCUGUAGCUCCACGUAGCUGGGCUCUGCUCAGCGGCCACACCCCGGGCAACCGUCUCGACCGGCGGACUAAACCAGGUGAGAGUAUCCGUGCGCGCACCUACACGCGAGGUACUGUGGACUCCGCUGGCCGAAUGGAUCUUCGCGUCGACAUCGUCGAGAGGAGGCUCUGCCUGGAUCAUCGCAGGAGGCCACCAGGUAAGUUCUUCCUCAGGUAAGUGCAUUUGCUCUGUUUCUUCCUUUUGUCUGUUGAAGUUCCGUGUCGUAUGCUGCUCUUGCUGCCUGUCCUCUGUAUGCUAGUCUGUCUGUUAAUAGCUAGACGAAACACUCGCUGCCUGCUGCGACUGUCUGUCUGUCAGUUUAUGCCUCUCUCUGCUAAUAGCUAGGUGUUACGAUGCUUGACGCUUGAAUGGUGCCCUCUCACUUCUGUCUCUAACUGAUGACUGUGUCUGUCUGCCCACUCUAGCUAGCUGUAAGUCCCAUAGCGUUAGGUUGUGUGUAUGCUCUCUGCUACUUCACCCCAUCACAUCACCGUCACCACCAAGGUCCCAGGCUAAUUCGGAUCGUUCUCUCACUAACAUAAGUCGUCGCCCAUAGUGGAGUCCGGCAGCCGUCUGGGAUAACCGAGCAGCCCUGUUCAGGGAUGCGUUGCCUGCCCUCGCGAGGGGGAGGGGGCUAGAACAGGUGCCCUAAAGAUCGCUGGGAACCACGCUGUCUGUAGGCUGGCCGUGGCCGCAGACAAAAAGCACACGGUCGAAACAGCCAAAACCGAAACAACAACAACAACAAUCACUCUCUUCCUCUUCCAACCUAUUCUUCUUCUUCUCCUACUCCUACUUUUCGCCGCCACAGUCGCCAGACCGGCAGGGUGAGCCCGCUCACUCUGGCAGCCUAAAUGUUCUUUCCCUUUCAAACAGUCCGAGGAGCAACCGACCGGAACGGAGGACGGCGCUAGUGGCACGAGAACUGGCGCGCUACAAGGUGGACAUCACCGCACUCAGCGAGAUCCGAUUCUCUGAACAAGGCCAACUGGAGGAGGUGGGUGCCGGAUACACCUUCUUCUGGAGUGGCCGACCCAAGGCAGAGCCCUUGCCAUCCGGAACGACAUUGUGGGACGACUGCCCUGUUUGCCGCAGGGCAUCAACGAUCGCCUGAUGCACCUCCGUCUGCAUCUCCGGGGUGGGGGCAAAUUCGCCACCAUCAUCAGCGCCUACGAUCCGACGAUGACCAGCUCCGACGCCGUCAAAGACAAAUUCUACGAGGAUCUGCACGCCCUCUUGGCGACUGUGUCGAAGGCGGACAAGCUGAUUGUCCUUGGCGACUUCAACGCCCGCGUCGGCACAGACCAUACUGUCUGGAGGGGAGUGAUGGGUCCCCACGGUCUCGGCGGCUCCAACGACAACGGCCUGCUGCUUCUCCGCACCUGCGCAGAACACCGCCUCAUCCUGACGAACACGUUCUUCUGUCUGCCGGAGCGAGAGAAGGCCACCUGGAGGCAUCCUCGGUCGAGCCAGUGGCACCUGCUGGACUAUGUCCUCGUCCGGAGGCGAGAUCAGCGGGACGUGCCGGUGACGAAGGCGAUCGCGGGUGCUGACGGGUGGACCGACCAUCGCCUCGUCAUCUCGAAGAUGCGUAUUUGCCUACAGCCUCGCAGGAGACCACAAGGUAAGUGACCCCCAGGUAAACUGAAUGUUGCUUUGUUGUCUUUGCCUGCUGAUAGUCUUCAUUUCAGCAAUCUGCUAGCUCAACGGCUAGACAACCUUCCUAUCGCUGCCACCGCCGCCGCUGCCGAGAACGCCUCCGUGGAGAACCGCUGGUGUCAACUGCGAGACACGGUCCAGUCGACGGCGCUCGCCGUCCUUUGUCGCGCUCCCCGUCAACACCAGGACUGGUUCGAUGAAAACGACGCCGCCAUCAGAAAUCUGCUUGCUGAGAAGAACCGCCUACACAAAGCCUACGUAGAUCACCCCACUGAGGACAACAAAGUUGCCUUCUACCGCAGUCGCCGCCAACUUCAGCAACGAAUGCGCGAGAUGCAGGACGCCUGGACUGCUCCCAAAGCUGAGGAGAUCCAAGGCUACGCGGACCGCAACGAAUGGAAGAACUUCUUCUCUGCGAUCAAAGCUGUCUACGGUCCGCCGACGAAGGGCGCUGCUCCUCUCCUCAGCGCCGACGGCAGCACUCUCCUGACUGAGAAGACGCAAAUCCUACAGCGAUGGGCCGAGCAUUUCCGAGGCGUCCUCAGCCGCCCCUCCGUCAUCUCCGACACCGCCAUCGCCCGCUUGCCGCAAGUGGAGACCAACGUGGACCUCGACCUCCCGCCAUCUCUCCAGGAGACCAUCAGGGCCGUGCAGCAGCUCUCCGGCGGGAAAGCACCCGGAUCGGACGCGAUCCCUGCUGAGGUCUACAAGCACGGAGGUCCCCAACUGAUGGAUCACCUGACUGCGCUCUUCCAGGGGAUGUGGCGUCAAGGCGAAGUCCCGCAAGAUUUCAAGGACGCAACCAUCGUGCACCUUUACAAGCGAAAAGGGAAUCGCCAAGUCUGCGACAACCACCGCGGCAUCUCCCUACUGAACAUCGCCGGGAAGAUCUUCGCUCGCAUCCUGCUCAACCGCCUCAAUAACCAUCUGGAACAGGGCCUUCUGUCGGAAAGUCAAUGCGGCUUCCGUCGUCAUCGUGGGACCACGGAUAUGAUCUUCGCCACCCGUCAACUUCAGGAGAAGUGUCAGGAGAUGCGGACCCACCUGUACUCUACCUUCGUGGACCUGACGAAAGCCUUCGACACGGUGAAUCGUGAAGGACUGUGGAAGAUCAUGCAGAAAUUCGGCUGUCCGGAGCGAUUCACUCAGAUAGUGCGUCAGCUGCACGACGGUAUGAUGGCGCGAGUCACGGACAACGGGGCUGUCUCGGAGGCAUUCGCAGUGACCAACGGAGUGAAGCAGAGAUACGUGCGGCGCCUAACCUCUUCAGUCUUAUGUUCUCUGCCAUGCUGAUGGACGCCUACCGCGACGAACGCCCCGGGAUCCGCAUCGCCUACAGGACGGACGGUCAUCUCCUGAAUCAACGGCGGAUGCACUUCCAAUCGCGCGUAUCCACAAACGUCGUGCACGAACUCCUCUUCGCCGACAACUGCGCCCUGAACACCACCUCGGAAGAGGAGAUGCAACGGAGCAUGGACCUAUUCUCCGCCGCCUGCGGGAACUUCGGUCUGGUCAUUAACACGCAGAAGACGGUGGUGAUGCACCAACCGCCACCCAACUCAGCCACAGCCCCCAACGCGCCGCCACAAAUCAGCGUGAAUGGGACCCAACUGCAAGUGGUGGAGAACUUCCCGUACCUGGGCAGUGCCCUCUCCCGCAACACCAAGAUCGAUGACGAAGUCGCCAACAGAAUCUCGAAAGCCAGUGAAGCCUUCGGUCGCCUAUAA